AUGAAUGUGAUGGACCAACCGGCCCCAGAAGUGAUAAUAGAGCAAGGUACUCUAAGUGGUAAAAUUAGUGCAGAUGGAACUGUGUUCGAGUAUAUUGGAAUACCUUAUGCGACGUCAAACAGCAGCACGAGAUUCAAGGCCCCAGGUCCACCUCCUACUUGGGAAGGUGUUUAUAAAGCCACUGAUGAAAUCCACAUCUGCCCUCAAAACACGAUUUUCGGAGUAGUAGGUGAUGAAGAUUGUCUAAAAGUAAAUGUAUACGUUCCGGCAAUGCCUAAAACGAAGCCUCUUGCAGUCAUGGCCUAUAUUCAUGGAGGAGCUUUUGAAGUAGGAAGUGGAGGCAAGCUUUUGUAUGGACCAGGUUUUCUAACCAAGAAAGAUGUAAUUCUAGUAACAUUUAAUUAUAGACUUGGACUCUUAGGUUUUCUAUGUCUAAGAACAAAAGAAGCACCAGGAAACGCUGGGCUUAAAGACCAAAUUGAAGCUUUAAAGUGGAUUAAAAAGAAUAUUGCUGCAUUUGGAGGUGAUCCUGAAAAUAUCACGUUAUUUGGUGAAAGUGCAGGUGCUACAUCAGCAUCUAUACUAUUGAUUAGUGAAGCAAGCAAUGGAUUAUUUAAUCGGGUAAUAAUCCAAAGUGGUUCAUCUGUGUCUAAUUGGGCCAUUAAUAGAAAACCUGUUUGGUUUGCAAGUUUCUUACUAAAAUCCAUAGGAUUCAAUACUCAAGACCCACAGGAAAUUUACGAAAUAUUUUCUAAUAUGACUCUCCAAGAAAUUACAACCAUUAAUGUUGAAAUGACUUUAGGCUUAUACUACGAUAAGCAAUUGUUACAUUUACCAUGUAUUGAAUACGAUAUUCCGGGAACCAAACCAGUUUUAACUGAUUUACCAUAUAAUAUUUUCACGAAAACGCCUAAGGAUAUCGCUGUUAUACACGGAGUUAAUAGUAGGGAAGGUUUAUUUUUAGUAGAUAAAGAAACAGAUGAAGCACUUCGAGAAAGAAAUGGGCAAUAUUUAUUUGGCUCUGAUCUUGAAUUUCCUACCGAGGAAGAAGCCAGAGUGAUAGCCAAAAAAGUUCAAAAAUUUUAUUUUGACGAUGAUGAAAUUAGUCUUAAAAAAGAAAUGAAUGUAACGGACUUUUACUCACAGCUAUAUUUUGAAAUACCUGCAAUUUUUGAAACAGAAUAUUUAGUUAAUAGGAUUAAGUCAAAAGUUUAUAAUUACGUUUUUGCCCAUGCUGGAUAUAGAAACUUCUUAAAACUUGUAGGUCGUUUCUGGAAUGAACCUGGUGCGUGUCAUGGAGAUGAAUUAUUUUAUAUAUUUAAUGGUAAUUUGUUUGAACCAUUUAAAGUCACUAAACACGAUAGACAAAUCAUUGAGUAUAUGACGACUAUGUGGACGAAUUUUGCAAAAUAUGGCGACCCUACCCCGGAUACAAGCGAUAUACCCAUAAAAUGGAUACCAAGCAAUAGAGAGCGUUUGAAUUUUUUAUAUAUUGAUAAUGAGUUAAAAAUGGGACCAAUGCUUCAUCCCGAGGGUUAUCAACUAUGGAAAGAUAUUUAUGACAAAUACCGUAAGACUGACAUU